AUGGCCCGGAUCCCUGGCCUAGUCCUCGAUUCCAAACUGAGGACUAUAUUUGUCCCCGACUCGAACGAGACUGUCCGCACAUACGAAGAAUCGGACCCCACUGCUAGACGGCGACUUGUUUCUAGGAUGGAACAUUGGAAGCGACAAAAGAAAACUGGAAGAGGGGGUUGCGGGUCUGUGUGUCUGGAACAAUGCAUUAAAGGCAGACGGGAAACAGAUCUUCGAGCCGUUCAGAAGAUUGAGACUACUAGGCAAUUUGCCAGCAUUGGUUAUCUUCAGGAGGAAGCCGUAGCUAAGUUCUCACAUUCAAGGUACGACCGAUGUUUCGUCAAGUCAUUUGGAUGGUACGAGAUUCCCGAUGCUCUGUUCAUUGUAAUGGAGCAUCUUGAACUAGACGAUCUAUGGCACUAUUUGCGUGACCGACCACCGCUGCCCAUAACAGAAGCAAGGGAGAGUGCUCAUCAGAUUCUCGAGGGUCUUCUUAUGAUGCAUGAGAAUGAAUUUACCCAUAGAGAUCUUUGA